CUUUCAAGAAGUAGGCGGUGUAAAUGCAAACUUCAUUAGAGACGAUUCCAGUGUUUAAAUAAACACAAGACAUUUGAGUAAAUAAAAUCCUGUCUUGACUGAGGAGCCAACAAAAGACUACCAAGAUGGGGGCUCUGUUCCGUAGCGAGGAAAUGAAUCUGUGUCAGAUUUUCCUCCAAUCAGAAGCUGCCUAUGCCUGCGUCUCAGAGCUGGGGGAGCUUGGGCUGGUUCAAUUCAAAGAUCUGAAUCCUGAUGUGAAUGCCUUCCAGAGGAAGUUUGUGAGUGAGAUAAUGAGAUGUGAAGAGAUGGAGAGAAAACUCAGAUAUAUACACAAGGAACUGAAGAAGGAUGGAAUGAAGAUUCCAGACCGAGACGAGAAUCCGAAGGCACCAGCUCCUAAAGAAAUGAUCGACCUGGAGGCCACCUUUGAGAAGAUCGAGUCUGAGUUAAAGGAAGUGAACACAAAUGCUGAGGCUCUCCGUCGUAACUAUCUAGAGCUGACAGAGCUUAAAGAAGUCCUGAAGAAAACACAGCUCUUCUUCUCCGAGCAUGGCCGUCAUGGUAUUGUGGAGGAUGCUCAGAGUGCUCUAGUCCAUGAUGAGGGAGGGGGAUUUGUUCCCAUCACUUCUGUACAACUAGGGUUUGUAGCUGGUGUGAUUCCCAGAGAAAAGGUACCUGCCUUUGAGAGACUUCUGUGGUUUGCUAACAGAGGGAACACAUUCUUGAAGUACGACGAGAUUGAACAGGCCCUGGAGGACCCAGUCACAGGAGAUGCCAUUUCUAAGUGUGUGUUUCUGAUUUUCUUCCAAGGAGAACAACUUAAGGCUAGGGUCAGGAAGAUUUGUGAAGGGUUUAAAGCCACACUUUACCCAUGUCCAGAGAGUGCUCAGGAGAGAAUUGAAAUGUUGAAUGGUGUGUCUACUCGACUGGAGGACCUCAACACUGUUCUCCACCAAACCGAGGACCACAGGAAGAGAGUGUUGAUGAGUGCCCAGAAAGAGAUACGACCUUGGAUUAUCAAGGUCAAGAAGAUCAAGGCAAUCUACCACACCCUCAACAUGUGUAACUUUGAUGUGUCCCACAACAGUCUGAUUGCUGAGUGCUGGACACCAGUCAGUGGGCUGGAGGAAAUACAGAGGGCACUCAAACAUGGCACUGAGCUGAGUGGAAGCACCGUUCCUAGCAUUCUCCAUCGUAUGCAAACAAAGGAAGUUCCACCUACCUACUUCCGCACAAACAAGUUUACACUUGUGUUUCAGGAAAUCAUUGAUGCUUAUGGUAUAGCAUCCUACCAAGAGGUCAAUCCAGCUCCCUAUGCCAUCAUCUCCUUCCCAUUCCUGUUUGCCGUCAUGUUUGGAGAUUUUGGUCAUGGAUUCAUCAUGUUCCUGGCCGGACUGUGGAUGGUCAUCAUGGAGAAAAAACUGAUGGCUGACAAGUCAGACAACGAGAUAAGGAACAUGUUUUUUGGUGGUCGUUACAUCAUCACAAUGAUGGGUCUCUUCUCGGUCUACACUGGACUGAUCUAUAACGACAUCUUCUCUAAAUCCGUCAACAUAUUUGGAUCAGCGUGGCACCCUAACUACGAUUUUGACACAUUGAUGGCUCAGUCCAGUCGAGUCCUAGAUCCGCUGGAGCAUUUUGACAAUGCCACAGGUCCCUAUCCUUUUGGAGUUGACCCAAUCUGGCAGGGAAGUCUAAACAAGAUCACCUUCACAAACUCUCUGAAGAUGAAGAUCUCUGUCAUCUUUGGAGUUUCACAGAUGUUGCUUGGUGUACUUCUGAGUUGUGUCAAUCACGCGUACUUCCGUCGGCCUCUGAACAUCUUCUGCGAGUUUAUACCUCAGUUGGUCUUCCUGUUGUGUCUGUUUGGUUACCUGGUGGCCCUCGUCUUCUAUAAGUGGAUCUUUUUCACCGCCCUCUGUACCCAGUAUGCACCACAACUUCUGAUCCAGUUUAUCAACAUGUUUUUGAUAACGUACACACCCCGCUCAAAACCAGCCAAUUUUACUGGGGACCUGUAUGCCUGCUCUAGUAUUGAACCGAAAAGUAUCAACGCAACGUCACAGACUGUCUUCUUUGAGUACCAGCAACCUAUUCAGAUCACUCUGGUUGUAUUGGCGUUAUCAAUGGUUCCUAUGAUGUUACUAGUGAAGCCCUUUAUCCUGAGAGCCAGACAUAAUGCCAGGGUCAAGGCCAGUAACAGUCGACGGCAAGGGCUUUAUGCCACUUCACAGCGAACACUGAUAAAUAAUGAGGAACCACCUGAUCAGUCAGAUGACACUAAAAAGGGUAAGGGGGAGAGACCUGAGGCCCAUCUGUCUGACAUUGAGCUUGGGGUUAGAGAUUCUGGGAAGAAUGCAACCAUGUCAAUUAAUGGAGAGGAAGGGGGCGUGGUCAAUCACACAGAAGGCGGGGCUGCAGGACAUGAGGAGGAGGAAGAAGAAAAGUUUGAGAUGGGAGAGGUCUUUAUACACCAGGCCAUUCAUACAAUAGAGUACUGCUUGGGCUGUAUCUCACACACUGCCUCCUACCUACGUCUGUGGGCGCUUAGUCUGGCUCAUGCUCAGUUGUCCGAAGUCUUAUGGGGGAUGUUGUUUCACAUCAGUCUCACUAUGAAGUUUGAGUACGUGGGAGGGAUCAUUAUUUGGGCGGUGUUUGCAGUUUUUGCUGCCGUGACUGUUGCUGUAUUACUGUUGAUGGAGGGACUCUCUGCUUUUCUUCACACUCUCCGUCUUCACUGGGUGGAGUUUAACAGUAAAUUCUACAUGGGGGAAGGUUAUAAGUUUGCUCCCUACAGCUUCAAGCACCUGCUGGAUGCUGAUUUGGACGAUUAACCUGAACCACGUCACAUAAUUCUGGUGCUCAUUGAACAACCAGGACCAUGCCUUCUGUAGAUUGUUCCUUCUUUAUUUUAGAAAAACAAAGGGCUUCCAAUUAUGUAUUAAACAACUGCGGAUUUGAAAUUACUUGAUAAUGACAUUCUAUGGUUAAACCGUUUGAUUGGUGCUUAGUGUUGAAGAAAUGUUUAACAACAGAGUGAGGUACAAAAAAUUGUCACAUUUCUGUUUCGCUUUUUACCAAUUGACAUUAACCAUUCUGUGAUUAUGUAUUUGUUGGGAAAUUAUAAACAUUUUUAAAUUAGAGGAAUUGAGUAUUACUUAGGUUGACCAAUAAAGCAUAAUCUGCUGAUUUUUGAAACUGAACGUAUCAGUAUAUGUUGAUUAAUCUUGUUUGUCUCAUUAACAGAGUUUUUCUGAUGAUAUCAGUGUUUUCUGGUGAUAUCAGUGUUUACUGUUGAAUGGAAUCCUGCUGUUUACUUGUUAAAUCUAGGUCAAGGACAUUCAAGGCUGAUCCUCUGAUAUACUGAAAUGUCUGGACUAAAAUUGUUUCUGUGAUUAUAUACUCAUCAGUGAUAUUGAUUAAAGAAUAUUUCCUGCUA